UAAUGUUCGCAUGCAUAUGCAUGUGCAUGGGCGACCACAACCAUAGCCCCGCAUCGGAUGUCGGGCUCGGGCGCGCCUCGCGAGAGCGUUUUGCUAUGCAGUGGCAGCUUUUGCGCUUGUCUCCCUCGUCCCUCCCCACAUCUCCUCUUCUCGCCCAGUUCGACAAAUAAAAGGGAAACAAAAGGAGAGCACUGAGACCUUCGAACGAACCCGCUACAGCCACUGCCACGACACCGCCCCCGGCCCUCUGCGCAUCUAUUGAUUUCAGCAUUCCUCCCCUGGCGGCCUGGCCAGAAGAAGAUCCCGGAAGCAACGAACCAAAUCAUCAGACGAAGAAGCGCCGACCAUGGACACGGAGGCGCCGAGCGGGCGGGUGGGCGUCAAGUGCGGGCGGUGGAACCCGACGCCGGAGCAGGUGAAGGUCCUGACGGAGCUCUUCCGCGCGGGGCUGCGGACGCCCAGCACGGACCAGAUCCAGCGCAUCUCCGCCCACCUCGGCGCCUUCGGCAAGGUGGAGAGCAAGAACGUCUUCUACUGGUUCCAGAACCACAAGGCCCGCGAGCGCCACCACCACAAGAAGAAGAAGCGCCGCCGACGCGGCGCGGCAAUGGCAUCGUCGUCCUCCCCCGACAGCGGCAGCGGCAGCGGGAGCAGCGAGGAAGACGGCCGUGUUGCCGCCGCCGCCGACGCCGACCUCGUGCUGCAACCAUCGCCGGGAAGAAGCAAAAGCAAACGGGAGGCCAGAAGAAGCUACGGCGGCGGCCACCAUCGCCGGCUCGUUACAUGUAAGCAGCUAGCGCACACACAUCGCUACGUCAGGGACGUUGUGGAGCAGCAGGAGGAGGACACGUGGGAGCGGCCGACGAGGGAGGCGGUGGAGACUCUGGAGCUCUUCCCCCUCAAGUCGUACGUCGACCUCGAGGCGGAGAAGGUCCGGCGGUACGUCGUCAGGGCCGGCGCCAGCGAGCAGUGCAGGGACUUCUCCUUCUUCGACGUGUCCGGCGGUCGGGAUCCGCCGCUUCUUGAGCUUAGGCUCUGCAGCUUCGGUCCCUAGACUAGAUCGGCGCAUGCAUAUGCACGGUUGCACGCACGCACGCAAGAACUGUUGCAUGUCCUUGGUUCUUGCAGCUGCACUGCACAUACCGACAUGAAAAGGUGUGUGAGGUGAAAAUUGAAAUACGGCAUAAGCGUACGUACGCGCUACCAAACGUUGCAUGGACAGGAUCAGAGAAAGAGCAUGCAGCUGAGAUUUCCAACUGCCCUUUUCAUCAUGAGAUGAGAUGUACGUACUGCGCGCGUGCCCGGCCCCCUUCUUUCGUUCAUUUAGGGCCUGAUUGGUUGCCCGCAUAUAGGCCAACCAGGCUCACGGUAUGCGGCCGUAGUGUGUUUGGUUGUAUGUUGCAUCCACGUAACCAGGCGCGUGCUACUUUGCCGUUUGUUUGGUU